UAAUAACAGUAACAGUAGCAAAUAAUUGACUCUAAAAUAUGUAUAACUUAGAUUUUUCAACUUUUAAAAAAGUAAAAAAGUCAUGAUUGAUGUUCAUUGUCAUAUAUCAGCCAGUGAAUUUUCUGAAGAUUUCAAUGAUCUUAUAAAUGAGGCCAAAAAGGUUGGAGUUGAAGCAAUUGUUGCUGUUAGUGAGUUUCCAAGUGAUUUUCAAAAAGUUAUAAAGCUUUCUGAACUUUAUCCAAACUUUAUAUAUCCUUGUAUUGGUGUGCAUCCCGUCCAGGUAUCUAAUCAAAGUGUAUCGCUAGAGGCUAUGCAAAUUGCAGAAAAAUUUAUUCAAGAUUACAAUAAAAUCCUUGUUGGAAUAGGAGAAAUUGGUUUAGACUUUACACCAAGAUAUAUAAAUUCUCCAACUGAUAAAGCAGUUCAGCGAGAUGUAUUUCAAAAGCAGGUUGCAUUAGCAAAAGAGUACGAUUUGCCAAUAAAUGUUCAUUCUCGCUCUGCUGGUAGACCAGUUAUAGAUCUGCUUAUAGAACAAGGUGCAACUAAAGUCUUACUUCACGCAUUUGAUGGUAAAAUCUCAGUUGCAAUUAGAGGUGUUGAAGCCGGAUACUAUUUUUCUGUUCCACCUUGUAUUGUAAGAUCUGAACAAAAGCAGAAGUUAGUCGCUGCGAUUCCUUUGUCAAAUUUAUUAUUGGAGACUGAUGCCCCUGCUUUAGGUCCAAGCAUUACGAUGCGAAAUGUUCCUGCUAAUAUAAUGAUUUCAUGCCGCGAAGUUGCUCGAAUUAAAAAUAUUUCCUUCGAAGAAGUCUUUUUUCAAACAAGUCAAAACGCACGAAAAUUAUUUGAUAAAAUUAAGUAAAUUUCCAAAUUAUAAACCGCUUUUAA